GGGAGAGGAGGGUGAGGGGUACCCACAAAGAUGUUGCGUGAUUUUUGGGAAAUUUAUUUAUUUAAAUAAAAAUGGCCGCCGCAGAGAGCGGAGAGGAGAGACUCAGAGGUGAGGACAAGAAUGAAGAACAGGAGGGCUCAAAAGACAAGACGCAGAAGCAUAAGAAAAGCAAAAAAGAACGUCACGAUGUGGAAAAACUGGAGACCACUGUGUCUGUUCCUCCGCCCCCGUCUCUUUUUACGCAGAGGGAUGUCGGACAGCAGGCAGAGGCAGGGAAGUCUGAACCUGUUGACCCUGAAGUUGGAGCUGCUCUUAGUGCUCCAGAAUCUUCCGCAUUGGCCAAGCAGCGGCGCUCCGUCAUACGGGACAGAGGCCCAAUGUAUGAAGACCCUUCACUGCCUCAGGGCUGGACGCGCAAGCUGAAACAGCGCAAGUCGGGGCGCUCCGCUGGCAAAUUUGAUGUCUACCUGAUCAACCCAGAAGGGAAAGCCUUCCGUUCCAAAGUGGAACUCAUGGCAUACUUCCAAAAGGUUGGCGAUACCGUUACAGAUCCAAAUGACUUUGACUUCACAGUCACGGGCAGGGGAAGCCCGUCUCGCAGAGAAAAGAGACCGCCUAAAAAGCCUAAAAUGGUCAAACCCUCUGGACGUGGGAGGGGGCGGCCUAAAGGCAGCGGCAAGGUACGGCAAGCUACAGAAGGGGUGGCGGUGAAACGCGUUGUAGAAAAGAGUCCAGGAAAACUCCUAGUAAAGAUGCCCUUUGUGGCCCCCAAAACUGAACCAGGGGCUCCUUUGGGGCAAGCGCCAGUUGCCAAAGCACGCCGAGGGCGCAAGAGGAAAUCAGAGCAGGAUCCACCCACCACCCCCAAAAAACGUGGACGCAAGCCAGCAACCGUUUCACAGUCAACAGUGGGGACGGGGUCUGCUGCUGCGUAUGCCGCUGCAGCCAUUCUCACCGCCGAAGCCAAGAAAAAAGCCCAGAAGGAGUCUUCCGCUAAGCCUGUUCAGGAGAGGGCUCUUCCUAUCAAGAAACGAAAAACCAGAGAGACUUUAGAGGAGCUGGAGGCAUCCACCACCUCAGCAACAGAGACCAUUGAGAAACGACUGACUGCAUCAACUGUGACCCCUACAAGGGAGGAGGCAGAAACAGGACAGAAGCCUCAGAAGCAUCCCAGCCGGAAGCACAAAGAGGCAGAUCCGGGAAGCAGCGGCAGCGGAACAACAGCCAGUGGAGUUGCACCGAAGAGUCACAAGAAGAGAGAUCAGCGAGGGCAGCACUUUAAACACCACCACCACCAUCAUCACCACCACCAACACCAACACCUGCAGGCCUCCACACCCUCCACCUACACUCCGCAGGCUCACCAGCUCUCCCUGGGUCACUCCACGCACGGCGGGCUGGAAAACGAGCCGCAGGACUUGAGCACGUCCAGGCCCAAAACGGAGCACGUGGCCUACAGGGAGGAGGCCAGAACUGGCAGCUCCUCGAGUAGGGACUCCCAGAACGCAAGCAAGAUGGCUUCCAUGACUGUGACAGGGGAAAGCAAGGAGCUGAGAGACAUUGUUCCUCCCUCUGCUGUCCCGAGGCCGAGUCGAGAGGAAACGGUGGAGUCCCGGACACCAGUGAGCGAGCCAGUGAGCUGACUGACUUAGUGACCGAUCGGCAGAAGUGGGUUUAUGCGCAAAGAGGCAGCGAGAUGAGCGAUUUUUCGUUCUUUUUUUACUGAGGAAAAAAAGAAAAAGAGAAACAAAAAUGUAAACGUACUUAAACAAAAGGCAGCUGUUGUGUCUCGUUCUCUCUGUGGGGUUGGACGCGGGGCGAUAUUCUCUUGCUUCCGGAUGAAUUCUCUGCUAACCUUAUUCUUUAUGGUUUCCUUUUAUUUCCCACUAUAUCUUUGUAUUAGUAUAUCUUAGCACUCAGCUAAAAUUCCUUUGUCAGAGCUUGUAGGAAGUAGAAACACACUUGAGUGGUAAUGGAUGCACAAGUUACACGCUGUAGUUGUCAACGAUGCUCUCGAAAGUACUAAAAUGCCUCAUAGCCAUGUCAUCUCAACCAUAGCAAAAAGGUGUCCUAUCAGUGUGUUCUUCCUUUAGUGUCAUAAGAAAAUGAAGGGGCAAUUCUGAUGCCAAGCUGAAGGAAUAAAAAAAGGGCCAUGUGUUUCCGAUCUUCACCUUUCCAUUUGAGUCGGACGCAGCUGUCGCAGCAUCCUCAGCUUUGAAAUUAAAGACGCUAGCUUAACUCGGGCAGACAAGAACUUCCUAGUUGUGGGUUUGUGCCAAGCUGACAUUUCCAGCCUGUUGCCCUGUGAAGAUCAGUCGAAUUGGGAAGUAGUGUUUUCUUUUUGGGUUGUUGGUAUUUUUAGUGCACAAUUGUAUAUUAAUUAACGAUAGUUUGGUUAAUCUAGUCACCAGUUUCCAGGGAGAAAAUGAAAAUGGAGAAGAAACUCUUUGGUGGAGAAAGAUAAAGCACAAAUGUAUUUGUUAGGAAUAUUGAAAGCACAGUCCGGUGUAGCAUGUGGAGUAAAUGUUAACUCGCAUAGAAGAAUACGAGAAAAGGAAUUUAUGUUUACCUGCUUGUUUUCCAUGAAGUACAAUUCAAAUAGUGGCCUUGUGUCCGUGCGACACAAAUCCCUAACAAAAAAAAAGGCAUACCAUUUCAGAUGUAGCUUUUGGUUUUAUUGUGUGUGUGGUUAUUAUAGACUAAUCCCAUAGAGCUGCUGUUCUAAAAAUGAAACUGACGGGAAAGUUAAUAGAUGGCUAUAUUUAUAUAAUGUCUUGUCAGGCUGUAGCUGUGUCAAAUGCAUGGGUUGCUGAUGUUUGCGUGCUUUGCGUGCUAUUUAUUACAGUACUCCGACAUCGUCUUUCCUGUACAUAAAGGUUUAUAAAGCCAGGCGCAGCACUUAUGAUGAAGGACGUUUUAGGAGCAUAAAUAUUUUGAAGGGAGUGUUAUGAUUAAACGUUAGUGGGCAAUGAAGGAAAGGAAAACGUGCAUACAUUCUGCAUACACCAUGCCAUCUUAGAAGAGUUAUUUUAAUUUUCUAAUCCAAGUCCUACUGUUUCUAAAUGACAUUUUCAAUCAGUAAAAAAGGAGCACAAAUCAUAGCUCCUUGCAUCAGUUUUUUUUAAAAUUAUAAUUAGAGAUUGGACAAUGAGUAUCUUAGUAAUUAACUCUCCUAAUACCUAUAUAUAUAUAUAUAUAUAUGAUUGUACCUUGAAGGUAUCUGGUACCUUAAGAAGGACAUUUAAUCUUAUGGUAAAUUCUGAACCAAACUGAGGAAGUUCUUCUUUGUUGAUUAUGUAACAUUUUUUAAAGACUUUACAAGCACUUUUUUCUGUUUCAUUCUGUCUUAGAUGAAAUGCACCUUACUUUUAGCUCUCAGAAUCAUUAAAUAUUAGAAUUGUUAGAAUCAUUAGAAUUGUGAGAAGCAAACCUUUUUUAUGCAUGUAUAUUUUUUGUUAGCCUUGCACAGACUUCUGUUUCAUGUCCGGAGGUUGUAACUUUCUUCAGAUGUGUGUUAGAGUACAUGUUUGUUAUAAAGAGCCACUCUUUUGUUUAGCUUUUUCUGUAAUAAUACCCCACACAUACUAAAUUAUCAUGCACAAAAGUUACAUUUCACUUACAGUAUUUGGUAUCACACAUUUGUGACCCUGGAUCGCAAAACCAUUCAUAAGUGUGCAGUUUUCUCAAAGCCAAACAAGUAAUCUUUUCAUUAAUGUAUACUGUUGGGAUGGGACCAUAUUUAGAUAAGAUACAACUAUAUGAAUAUCUGGAAUAUGAAGGUUUACAAAAUGUAAAUUGUGAGAUAAGUGAAGUUUCCCAAACUAAUUACGAGAGGAGUACAUGAUAUGAUUGAUUGCAGCAGGUCUCACAUCUAUAAUCAUUAGUAAGCCAAUCAGAUCAUUCCAAACGGGCUAUGAAUAGCCCGACUAGUAUUACUCCCUCAUCUUCGUUUUUUGAAGAAUCCCCCCAUCCACCCCAUCUCCUCCUUUCCUACUUUACCAGGGGGAGCUCUCGAGAACUUCCUGAUCUCGUACUCCCUCACAUGCUCUUUGACCAGGCAGGAGCCCUGGGCUCAAUUAUCUCCAAGUUCAAGGUUCUCUGCCGGGACAGCAUGCCAAACCUGCUAUUAUUAUCAAGCAAUAGUGUGAACUCAAGUGUGAACUCUUGAAUCGCCUUUAAAGUUGUAAAAUUAAGUUCUUAGCAGUGCACAUUACUAAUCAAAAAUAGAGCUUUUAUAUUUUGGCAGUAGGGCUGUCACGAUACUGCUAUUUUAAAAACGUCCAUUUCCAGCUGACAUUUGAGCGCUCAACAGAAAUUACUGUGAUUGGCCGAGAAGGUCAUCAGUUCACUGAACUCACUGCUGUUGACUGAGUGUAAUCACAGAUAGAAGGACACUGGAGUGUUUUAAAGCCGCAAUUCAUCAGAGGAUGACUUGCUUGCCAGCUUAUAGACCAGAGAUGCCCAAAGUAGGGUCCGCGGGCCAAAAUUGACCCUUUGUAACCUUUGAUUUGGCCCGCCAUUCCAUCUGAAAAGAGAGGGAGAAUGAUGGGGAGGUGGUUAGGGCGAAUGCCUGUGACAGUGAUUGUCAUUUUGAGUUUAAUGUAGUCAACUUUUAAUUAAAUGAUUCAAUUAAAUACUGUAAAUGAAUCAGACUUGUAUACAGAAAUGUAAAUACUGUCGGCAAAUUGCACAAGACAUCUGCGAGUAAAUCAAAGUAAGCUUGACAAAUGUAUUCAGCAUUGAACAACAUUGAUGUUAUAAAUGGGAUUGUUUAUGUAUUACUAAAAAAUGUUAAAAAUGAUACUUCAUUAGUGAAUAUGAUUUAAAGCAACAUUUUCUAGUUAUUUUUAAAUAUUACCGAAUAAAUUUGAAAAUUACCCAUGGCAAAUUUAAUAUAUAUGGUUUGGUAUAUAUUCGACCCACACCCCUCAGUCAAGUUUGCUUAUUGGCCCUUUAUAGGAAAACGUUUGGGCACCCGUUAUAGACAAACCAGCUGAUCUUUGCUGCUUCUAUAAACUGAUGACCUUUACGGCCAAUCACAAUCAUUUCUGCUGAGCACAUGAACACAAUGGCAAAUCAGCCGUGUUUAAGAAUGCACUCAACAGCGCUCAAAUGUUAGCAGGUAAUGGACGUUUUUAAAACUUCAGUACUGAUUGGUACCGAAUUCCACUAUUGUGACAACCCUAAUUUACAGUAGGAAAUUUACAAAAUGCUUAAUACUGUAAUGGUUUUUGGCAUAAACAAAUAAUUUUGACCCAUACAAUGUAUUUUCGGCUCUUGCCAAAAAUAUACCUGUGCAACUUAGGACUGAUUUUGUGGUUCAGGGGUCACAUUAAUGGUCAGAUACGUGGUAACAAAAGCAGAAAAGGAAAUGCUUUAGACUGAUAUUUAUAUGAAACCAAUCACAAAUGCUAUUUGAAAUAUUUAGGUUUCCCUUUUCCCUCCCAAAGUAUUGCAUUGAGUCUUAGUAUGUAAUCUUCUAUAUUAAUUAUGUUGGCCUUGGGUGAUGGAUGUGCACUAUCACCAAACCAAACAUUGAGGAAAAUACGCAGCUAAACAGCUUAAUCAGAGUCCUAACAGAGACCGUUUAAAUAGCACUCAGCACUUGUUUAAUAUUAUGUGUCUGGUACUUGAGUUAGGUCAUAGAGUAGGGUAUUGUUUUAAAUAUUUGCUGUCGUUUAGGGCAGUGUUUCUCAUCCACAUUCCUGGAUGACCACCAACACUACAUGUUUUGGAUGUCUCCUUUGUCUGUUACGCCCAUUAUUGGGCUGCGUCCGAAAUCGCCUACUACUCAGUAGGUAUUGCAUUUGAAUUUGAAUUUACUGCUCGACUGUUGUUUGUUCAUGUACAUGUUGUAUGUAGUACGUUCUAUACAGUAUGAAUGUGAGUAGUAUGGAUCCCGGAUGUACUACAUUCACCAUUUUGUCAUCACGUGACCUACCCACGUCAGUUGCGUCGCUUCACUCCCAUUUAUGAAUUCUCUCACGGUGCAUCAUGGGAUAGUGUAGCGUGCAUCGCAUGUGCACUUCAGAAUCUCGCCGGAAGUAGUAGGUCAUCCAGGUAUUUCUCGCUUACUGUUUUUACUUUGAAUUCUAUGAAUUCGGACAUACUACUCUGCUCACAUACUGUUGGUAGCGUACUACAUAGCAUGGAAGUAUGUGAUUUCGAAUGCAACCCAGGUCUUUCAGUCUCUACUAAUGAGCUGAUAAUCUGAAUCAGGUGUGUUUGGUUAAGGAGACAUGAGCUGCGUCCGAAAUUGCAUACUUCCAUACUAUAUAGUACGCUAAAAUUAGUAUGUGAAUAGAGUAGUAUGUCCAAAUUCAUAAAAUUCGAAAAACAUUAUGCGAGAAGUACCCGGAUGAUGUACUGAUUCCAACGAGAUUUUCAUGUGUGCAUCCGAUGGACGUUACUCUAUCACGUGAUGCCCCGCAAGAGAAUUCAUGAAUGGGAGUGAAGCAACGCAACUGACGCUGGUAGGUCAUGUAACGAUGACAAAAUGGCGGAUGUAGUACAUUGAUAUUCAAAAUGUAUAGAACAUACUUUUCUAAAGGUCGAGUUGUACAUUUAAAUUCAAAGUAGUAGGUGAUUUCGGAUACAGCUAUUGAAAAUGUGCAGUGCUGGUGUUUCUCCAGAAACGUGGUUGAGGGGUUUGAAAAGCCCUUCAGUUUACUUUAGAGUAGGAUUUUUGUGGAUCACUCAGCAUGUUAAUUUCUAUCCUUAUGUCUAGUUGAGAAUAAAAGUGUGUCCAUUCUGCCCCUCCAUCCCUCUGCUCCCUCGACCCUCACUGGGAAGAGGCAAGAGAAUAAAACAAGGGCUAUGUAAUCAUUUCAAGUUGUCAAAAGCAGAUGAAGGAAAUGGAUUUUCACAGUCCUCGGUCCUCACUUUAAAGGUGACUUGGUCAAACAAAGAGACUUUAAGGGUUGCCAAAACCACCACCGACUCACUCUCUGCCCUCGUCAGAGUUUGAGCGCUCACUUAACCAGAGGUUGACGGUGAAACGUCUCCCUGGUCUGACUAAACCCGAGCGGGAGAACGGAGGCCGCAGAAUGGACAGGAAAGAAACCUCCAGACAUGAAUUGAAGUGGCAACAACUCUCAUAGUUUCGUUCUCAAGCUGCGUCAGAAAGAGAAAGGGUAGUGCCUUUACUUUGGGAGAUUACUAAGAUGGUAGAAGUGACCUUUGAUUCUAAACAAACACCUUUUUCCCCCCAAUGAAGCAAAGCGGGAGGUGAUAUUACUCAAUGUUUUGGAUUUUUAUCCAGUCGUUUUUCAUAGGUAGGACGUGCACUGGUGUAUCAUUUUUUAUUUGUUUCUGUGUCCACCUAGAAAUGAUGUAUACCCUUCUUCUUUAUUAAUCGUUCCUGUCCUUUUUGUGUUCAUCUAGAAAUGAUGUAUUGUUAAAAUCCCUAUGCUUUAUGAACUUCUAGCCUUUUGUAGCGCUCAGAGCCCGCUGACAAAAACAGAGCCCUACAAAUGGUUACAGACAAAUUAAGAGUAGUAUUAUUUAUAUGUUGGUUGGUUUGAUUUUUCUUUGUUUGUUUGGGUUCGUUGUGCCUCUGGCAGUGAAAUAUGCUUUGGAAUGUCCUUGUGUCCCUGUAGCCAAAAAAAUGACAUGCUAUAUACGUGAACAUGUAUCAAUAUGCAUGAUUGCCAUUAGAAGGUAGGACAUUGCUUGCCCUUUACUAUUAUAUAUAGGAUGUUUUCAAACAGCACUCCAAGAGCUGAGCCCAACCAUGCCAACACGAACCCCAAGGUUUCCAUGAGGUAUAAAAGACAGUUGAAUGAAGGUUGUGCACUUGGGUCUAUUUAAUACGAACAUUCAUUUCAUCGUUGAGGUUUUUGUUUGAAUGAUGGUAGCUCUAAUUCUUGUGGUGAUUUUCUGUGUUAGAUUUAUUUUUAUUAUGAGUAGUUUUUAUUAUUAUAAAUCCAUCAUUGGAAAAAAGAGACCAUUUUAUCUCAAUAGCAAUAGUAUGAUAGUACCCAGCAGAUCCAAUAUGAGUUUCUUCUUCUUCUUCUUUAGUACGUCUCUUAUUUAUGUGUAGAACUGAGGUCGAUGAAAUUCACCCGUAUGACUAAAAACGCAGCACUUUGAAUCGUGCAAGGAGGACGAUUUAACGUCAAACUGAAACUAUCGGAAAUAGAUUCCAGUUCCACCGUGGUAGAAAGUUCAUGGUCUAUUCAUAGUCUUGUGCCUUGAAGUUUCAGUAAUAGAAUUUAUCUUUAUACUGUAGUUGUAUUUUUAUUCCAAGUCCUGUGUUUGCCUCUUGUUGGUAUUCAGUGCUUUGGAUGUAUUAAGGAUUUAUAGAGAUCAAGAAUAUGUUUGCCUUGCUUUAUUUUCUUAAUUGAGACAAAAAAAAAUGAGGAUAACAUUAGCGAGAUGUACUCGGGCAAUAUUGACGAUGUAAAAAAAGCUAUAGGAUUUUGAUGUUUCGUUUUUUCAUCCCUGAUAUGUUGAAUGUUUCACAGAUUAUCGAGUGAUGUGUGUUUGUUGGGAAAUAUUCUCCAUUUUAACAUGACCAUAGACAAAAAAAAAUUAAUACUUGGCCUCAAACUUAAUCUUCCAACGUUACAUUUUAAGACAAAAAUACUUCAACCUUGACCGGAAGGACAACGAGUCUAAGAUCUGCACUUUAUAAAGUAUGUUUCCCGGCAGGACACCCAUUCACUUUUUUUUAAGUAUGUAUUUUUUAUCUUUGUCCAAAGCUCUUUUGUUUCAAGUUAUUUUUACAUUUAGUUUUAAAUAAAAGGGAUGGGUAGUAUGUAUCUAAACAACAACAACAACAAAAAGAUGUUAUUUUAACCAAACAAUCCUACAGACUAGGUGUCAGUGGUUAUUCGCCAUCUGCCAAGCUAAGUCCUUGCCUUCCUGAAAGUGAAAAGUAUAGUUUGUGUCUACUUUUAUAGUACUGUGUUACUGUAUCAUUUGUUUGCCGUAUGUAACAGAUACACAAUAGUAAACAACAUUUAUCUGC